AGAAAGAGAAUCCAUAUGUUAUUUAAAUCGUUAGAUUAAAACUUUUUGUACGCCUAAUAACGUUUCCAUAAAUAAAUCUUAUACACACGCCUCUUAACAUCAUGUGGGAAUGGACACGAGUUCAUUCUGUCGCUAAAUGGUGUCGCGCAACCUCUUGGCAUCCGCUUUUUUGCUCUCUUCGGAGAUUUUGAAAUGCCCUUAUUAUACAACUAAUAUUGUUUUCUGGAAUGGAUGAAAAUCAAGAUAAGAAACAACGUGAUCUUAAAAAGUUUUGCAGAGACUUAUUCAAUUUUGUUCAUGUUGAAAUGAACGUUUUGCAGGAUUGCACUUCUAAAGCUAUGAAGUCACGUGACACUCUGCAAAGCAACGUUUUUACGAGGUUUAGGAAACCGAGGGAAAACAGAACACGGUGGUAUAUCCUGUUUGCAGCAGCAGUCCUGGUCACUUCAUUAGCAGUCGUGGCAAUCACUUUAGCAAUUUAUUUUGGAACGGGAAAAGACGAUGCAAAUUCAGACGAAGGACAAGUUGAAACCAUCCGGCUUGGUCCUGAUACCCCAGUCUCUACAGACAGUCCCUCGACAAAGGGUCAGUUCAUCACCAAACUGACCUCCCAAUAUCCAUCAUCUACCUCAAAAAAGGCAACCUCUCAAGGGACCUCUUCUGGUGAUACAUUCACGAAAUCUACAACUGCACAUGUCCAUGUCCAGAAGCAGACGACCAAUUCCAGAAGCAGUGUCUCAACGUCUGCUAGACAGACGACAAAAUCGUCACAACGUUCCAGCACAGAAACUCGAACUACCUCAAUUAAUACCCAUUCAUCCGCCACCACUGCAGACGACCAAACCACAAAGGUCACCCAUUCCACCCAAGAAACCACGAAAACCGUCACAGCUUACCCUCUGAGACCUACUUUAACCGUCCAAACCAACAAUAUUGUAUUACCAUACUCAAAAGCUGUGCUUAGUGUCAGCUGUGUUACGAUGUACGCCAGGCAAUGGAGGGAGAUGAGGAUCUACCGUCAAAUGGAGGGGGGUUCCAUCGUAAGCCUCGUUGUGGUCAAGUCAAACAUGGGCUCACCGAACGUGGAAAUAAGCCCCAAUUUUACGUCCGAGAUAAGCUACAAAGAGGAUGCUUUACUAGUAACAAUUCACUCCAAGGAAGUGGACUGCUCGUACCUUGGAAACUACACCUGCUUAUUGGCGCUCCCAGAUGAAACUUACAAAAACACCACUAGAGUCCAAGCUCUGAAUAAAAAGAAUUCCAAACCUAAGCUGACCGUUUCCACCAGUGUCGUGGAAGACAACACUGCCACUAUCACGUGUUCUAUGGAGCUGAUUGAACCGAAUGCCACCAUCACUUACAAAUUUCGCCCGCCUGGUCUGGACAAGUACUUUAACCUCAGUCUGAGCCCAAAUAUUACUCGGACGUGGACAGGGUGUUCUCUACUGAUUGAGAGUACACUCACUAUGGUAUCUAAGAUGCACGAUAAUGGAUCUGUCUUUAUGUGUGAGGUGACGACAUAUCGUAAUAACGCCAUCACUACAUAUACAUCAGAAGCCGAAUUUAACGUUAUUCCAAAAACUUAUUGUGAUGAUAAGAAUGCUUUCGCCAUAUACCCUCAUCCCUACGAGACGUGCAAUAGCGUCGUGUACUGUUAUGUGAAUGGUCCACAGGUGUACAAAAUAAACUGUGGAGAAGGGUACUGUUACGACACGACUAAAACAAAUUGUGUGAAGGUGGCUUCAACAUCAGUGCCUAACACCACCCCUACCACCAACACCACCGUGGUGGAGACUCAAACAACGGGGCUGCCAUUCGAUUCCAAGGAUAUAUAAAUACCCAAUACAUGAUGGGAAAUAUACUCUGUGUUAUUACUGAGGUCAUGUGGCAAUUUUGAAAAAAAACUAGAAAAAUCAACAGAAGAGAAACGACAAGUUUUCUCUUUAUCAAACCUCCCUCAAAAAAAGAGAAAACUAUUGAAAAAUAAUGUCUCCCUUGGGAUUACGAUUAACCAUUGUGUUAAAAUCACCUUAGCUGACUGUUAGUAGUCAACGUUAUAAAUUCAACAAACAAGAGCGAUUGUAUAAGAACGCGCUUGUCGGCUGACGGUGAACGUUCUUGUUUCUUCAAACCCGGAAAUGUUGGAGUGAUGAAGUUUAUAAAGGUUUUAUUUAAAGAUCUUGUGUAAUGUAACUUUGUUUUAAAUUUAGCUCUUUCUGGACUCCUCAAAAUCUAUUCAUCAACAAGUAAUGCCAUAAAACGUUGACUUAUAAAGCAGACCAAGCAGACUAGAGAACAGGAUCCUGUACGUAAAUACAAGUCCCAGAAAAGUACAUGGGUGACAUUUAUGGAGGAAAGCUGUGGAUUUUUAAAUAAGCACGAAUUAAUCACAGCGAUAGGUGGAAAUUAUGAAACAUCAAUGUCAUAGACAUCUCUCAUAUAGACUUUUCCUUUUUACCUUGAUCAUGCGUACCUAAAACUGUUAAUUUAUAUUUACAUAUUGUCAAAAUGAAAUCCAGCUGUUUUGUAGUCCCGUCAUUACUGUAUGUUAUGCAUAAAGAUUAGCAAACAAAUAUAGUUUGCACUUUAUAUUGUUUUUGCUGUUAAAAUAUGUAUAUGUGGCAUCAUAUCAAAUAUAAUUAUGUCAGGGCUAUGUACAUAUAUUUUUUCUCUGUAUAUCAUAAAAUUCUAUUUUUUUGUCAUCAGUAAUUAAAACGCUUUAAAAAUGAA